GGAUUAACUCAGUGAUCACUCUAUCAAGGCAUUUGAAGCCGUUUGUUUUAUAGGCUGCUGUAUUUUAUGAGUUGUGGUGUUGUGGUGUUGUGGUGUUGCAAAAAGCUUGGGGCAGGUGAUUGCAAAAUUAGCGAUAGUAUGAUAUCAAAGAUAACCUAUUGUUCCACUCGUAUCUUUCACUUUAUCAGGGAUUCGAUGAUAACGAGAGGAGAUUGGAUCCCGGGCCAGUGGUAUAUAAGAUGGGAGGGAAAAAGCUUCUUUUGUACCGGUUAGUUCUUACAGACCAAGGAUCUUAGCUUAUUACUGUCGAAAAGAUCUCAAUUUAUUACCAUCAUGGCUGAAAAGGCAAAUGUUAAUAAAGAAAUUGCAAAUCUUGAUAAAGAAAAUGCAAUCACUAGUGUAACUAGUGUUAGAAGUCAUUUGGAUGUGGAAGAUCACCAACUCGAUUUAAACGCAAUUACCUCCCAGCCGUUAUCCAUUGGGCAAGUUGCUGAGGAACUUACUUCUGACCAAAAAUUUUUCAUUUUGAAAAGAUUGAAUUAUGAAGGUUUGGUUAGUUUCGAUAACUUACCAACUGGUGCUGCCUUUAUGUUGGAGAAAGUUCAAGCUUUGGAUAUAAAUGAAGCCGUGACUAUUUUGAAAGAGUUCUUGGUCGAACAUGAAGGUGACGUUAAUCUUCCAACUCAAGAUUAUGAACUAAUUGAAAAAUUAGUUGCAAAUGCCCCAUCUAACUUGUACAAUUCCAAUUCUUCUUCGGAAAAUAUCAAAGAAAAGUUGGCUGAUAAUUUCGAAAAACAAACUUCAAUUACUUCAAGCACUGAUAUCGAAUCAACUGAAAUUGUCGAUUGGUUUUUACAAACUAAACUUGAAGCCGCUUUGAUUGCUUACCACUCUCCUUAUGCUGAAGUUCGUGCGGUCACUGAUUGUUUUGAUGACCCAGAACUCUCCUGUGAAACCAUCAGAGUUUACAUUGUUGGUUUGGUGAUGACUGCUAUUGGUGCCUUUAUUAAUCAAUUCUUCGCUGAAAGACAACCAAGUGUUACUUUCAGUAGUUCUGUUGCUCAAUUAUUUAUUUAUCCCUUUGGUACAGCUUUAUCUUAUAUCUUACCUGAUUGGAACCUUAAAGUUUGGAAGUAUAAUUUUAGAUUAAAUCCUGGACCAUGGACUCAUAAAGAACAAAUGUUGGCUACUAUUUUCUUUUCGGUUUCCGGUGGUGGUACCUCCUAUGUCUCUUAUAAUAUUCAUGUUCAAAAACUUGCAAGAUAUUAUGAUAAUCAAUGGGCUGACUUUGGUUACCAAACUUUAUUAAUUUUGGCAACUAACUUUUUGGGUUUUGGUUUUGCUGGUAUUAUGAGAAAAUUUGCAAUCUAUCCAAUUAAAUCUAUUUGGCCAACGAUCUUACCAACUUUGGCUUUAAAUAAAGCUUUAACCCAACCGGAAAGAAAAGAAAAUAUUAAUGGCUGGACUAUUUCAAGAUAUUAUUGGUUCUUCUUGGUUACCGUCGUUUCCUUCGUUUAUUUCUGGAUCCCAGAUUACCUUUUCCAAGCCUUAUCUACUUUUAAUUGGAUCACUUGGAUUAAACCUGAUAAUUUCAAUUUGGCAAUGGUUACUGGUUCCGUUAAAGGUUUAGGUUUGAAUCCAAUCCCAACUUUUGAUUGGAAUGUUAUUAACUAUAAUCAUUGUUUAACUUUCCCUUUCUACUCUUAUGCAAAUCAAUACAUCGGUACUUUCCUUGGUUUAUUUAUCAUCACUGGUCUUUACUACUCCAACCAUUUAUGGACGGGAUAUAUGCCAAUCAAUUCUAGUUCUUUAUUCACUAACACUGGUGAAUUAUACGAUGUUAAAGCUAUUGUUAACUCAAAUAGUUUGUUCGACAGAAAUAAAUACGAAAAAGUUGGUCCUCCUUUCUACUCAGCUGCUAAUUUGGUUGUUUACGGUUCAUUCUUUGCAAUUUAUCCAUUCACCAUUGUCUAUGAAGUUUUCAUGAAUUAUAAACCUAUGAAAGAUGCUCUUUUUGGUCUCGGUAAAUCUUUUAGAAAUUUUAGAAGAUCCACCUAUCACGGUUUCACUGAUCCUCAUAGUAGAAUGAUGACUCGUUAUAAAGAAGUCCCAGAUUGGUGUUUCCUCUGUGUCUUGGUUAUCUCUGUUGUUCUUGGGAUUUUGUGUGUUAAAGUUUAUCCUGCUGAAACUCCGGUCUGGGGUAUCUUCUUUGCCCUUGCAAUCAAUUUUGUCUUUUUGAUUCCUUUAACUGCUGUUUAUUCUGUCACUGGUUUCCAAUUUGGUCUUAAUGUUUUGGUUGAAUUAAUUGUUGGUUAUGCUCUUCCAGGUAAUGGUUUAGCUUUGAACUUCAUUAAAGCCUUGGGUUACAAUAUUAAUGGUCAAGCUCAAAAUUAUAUCUCUGAUCAAAAAAUGGGUCAUUAUUUAAAAAUUCCUCCAAGAGCCAUGUUCAGAACCCAAAUGUUAUCAGUUUUCCUCACUUCAUUUAUCGGAUUAGCUGUCAUUAAUUUUGAUAUUAAUCACAUUAAAGAUUACUGUGAUCCUGAUAAUAGACUUAAAUUUACCUGUCCAAAUAGUAACGUCUUCUAUUCUGCUUCUAUCUUAUGGGGUGUGAUUGGACCUAAAAUUGUCUUUGGUGGUAUUUAUCCAAUUCUUCAAUACUGUUUCUUAAUUGGACUUUUAUUGGCCUUCCCAUGUAUUGCUUUCAAGAAAUACGGACCAAAGAAAGUUGCUAAGUAUUUCCAACCUACUUUGAUUAUCGGUGGUUUACUUAAUUAUGCUCCUUAUAACUUGAGUUAUUAUACUGUUGGAUUAUAUUUUUCCAUCGCUUCCAUGUGGUACUUGAGAAAGCGUUAUACCACCUGGUGGGAAAAAUACAAUUAUGUUUUUACUGCUGCUAUGGAUGCUGGGGUUGCUUUUAGUGCUAUUAUCAUCUUCUUUGCAGUUCAAUACCAUGAUAAAUCAAUUAACUGGUGGGGAAACCUUGUUUCAUACCUGGGUUAUGAUGGUGUUGGCGGUAAUAGAUUAAAUGCUACUCUUUCUGCUCCAGAUGGUUAUUUUGGCCCAAGAAAGGGACAUUACCCUUAGUUUGUCUUUAUGCAAAAUUGUAUCUUUUUUUACUUUUCCUAUUGUUAAAUAUUAUAUUAAUUCUGUUUUCAAUUCUUCUUAUUUUAUAAGAGCUUCUUUGAGUGUCU